AUGUCGGUAAGUAUUAUAAACGGCACUCACCAGAGUACUGACUGCGCGAUGGAGAAAAAAAAAAAAAAAAAAAAAGUAGUAACAUCAACAGCAUCAACAGCAACAAAAGCAACAAUAACAUCAACAGCAUCAACAGCAACAAAAGCAACAAUAACAUCAACAGCAACAGCAACAGCAACAGCAACAACAUCAACAGCUAUGAAGGAUUUAGAAGGAGUUAUAGGAAGUAGGGAGGGAAAAAACAAAAUUACAAAGGGGGGGGGUAUUAACGAAAUGAAAAGAAAAAUUACUAAUGGGAUGAGGAACGAAAAAGGAAGCGAAAAGGAAAGGGAAACGUUAAAGGCGAACAACCAAGCAAAAAAGGUAAAAGUGAGAAAGACCAUUUCGGUCGAUACAAAUUAUAUCAGUAAGCUUAUCAAAAAAAUAAAAACAUCUAGUUCGUUGAGCAGUGGCAUAAAUUCGUCGAAAGUACUGGGAGGGGAAGAAAAAAAAAAAAAAAAAAAUUUUAAAAUAAAAAUGAAAAACAGGGAAAGGGGAAAAACUUCAAAUGGGGAAAGUGGCCUAAAAAGGGGCAAUGAAAAAAAUGGAAGAGAUGUAUUUGCAGACGAAGGGGAUACAUAUAACAAAAAGGACGAGCAUUCGGGUGAGCAUUCGGGUGAGCAUUCGGGUGAGCAUUCGGGUGAGCAUUCGGGUGAGCAUUCGGGUGAGCAUGCCGAUGAGCAUACCGAUGAGCAUGCCGAUGAGCAUACCGAUAAGCAUACCGAUGAGCAUGCCGAUAAGCAUGCCGAUAAGCAUGCCGAUAAGCACACUGGUAAGCACACAAAUGAAAAUUUCACAGAUGAGCGAAACUUGAUCAGCGAAAAUAAAGCUCGUAUGGAAAAAAAAUUAAAUGAAAUAAAACUUCAAAUAAACGAUAGUAACAACAGCGAGUGGCUGGAAAAAUUAGACAUCACAAGCCCAGAAUAUUAUUAUUUGAAAAAUGUAAACUUAUUUGGAAAAUGUCAACAGAGAGAAAAUGAAUUGUUAAAAUUUGCUCAUACAAAUAUGUUAGAGGCUUUAAAAAAACUACAAAGUUUAAAUAUUGUAUUCAAUAGACCAUACGAUUUCUUAGCUGAUAUGGUAAAAAGUGAUGUGCAUAUGGAAAAGGUAAGACAAAAAAUAAUAAAAGAACAUGAAAUAACAGAAAUACGAGAAAAAAAUAAAUUAAAAAGACUGAACAAAAAAUUUAAAAAAAAAUCUGGCUCACUUAAAGUACGUGACCAACAGGAAGCUUUAGAGAAAAAAAAAAAUUUACAAAAAAUAGAUCAACUAAAAAAAGACGACAAUUUGGACAGCCUGAAUGUUCAGAACUUUUUCUUGAAGUACGCAAAGGCUACUGAUGAUAAGUUAGUGGACGGAAAAAAUGGCAGGAAAAACAUUAAUGAUAAAAGAAACGUAAAAACUACGAAAAAUAUGAAAAAUAUGAAAAAUAUGAAAAAUACGAAAAAUAUGAAAAAUAUGAAAAAUAUGAAAAAUAUGAAAAAUACGAAAAAUAUGAAAAAUAUGAAAAAUACGAAAUUUACAAAAUUUAUGAAAGACACAAAAGACAGCAAAGAUUUGUACAAACGUAAAGACAGAAUUGGGGUACAGACCAAAAAGAAAAAAAAGGGAAUUAAAAAAAACACAAAAAACAAAAGGAGGAAAAAGUUUAAGAGACACUAA